AUGUCCAAAUACAAAUGGAAGGACUUGACGAAACUGAAGUCACCUAGCAUGGCUUAUGACUCGCCGCUUUCAGUGCUGUGUCAUAUAGAUGUAAACUGUUUUUAUGCCCAGGUAGAGGCUAUCCGUUGUGGUUAUACGAAAGAGGACCCUGUUGUGUGUGUUCAGUGGAACUCCAUAGUGGCUGUCUCAUACGCUGCUCGAAAAUACGGUAUCAGCAGAAUGAUUACGAUUCAAGAAGCUAUGAAAAAGACUGAUAAAUUGAUUCCCAUUCACACUGCUGUUUUCAAGAAGGGCGAGGAUUUCUGGCAGUAUCAUGAUGGAUGGGGACCUUGGAACCCUGACAAGGAUAAAAGGCUGCCGUCUUCAGACUACAAGAUAUCUCUAGAUCCAUACCGGAGAGAGAGCCGGAAGAUCUUCAAGAUCUUCACAGAGUAUUGCGAUUUGGCCGAGAAGGCGAGUGUGGAUGAGGUAUUCUUGGAUAUCGCAAGACUUUGCUUACAGAGCUUAAUGUGUAGCGAGCAGCUCAUACCAGGGAAGGAAAAUCCCGAGACAAUUCAGCUCAUGCAGGCGAAAUUCAAAGACGAAAGUUACGACGGAAACCAGUUUUUGCCGGCUGUACCCGGAGAACUUAAAGAGUUACCAUUUAUUGGAGACGUGUAUAAUCCCGAAGACCUACCAUUAAUCGAGGACUGGGAUGAUGUUCUCUUUGCCCUUGGAUCGCGAAUAGCACAAGAGCUUAGAGACGAAAUUAAACAAACCCUUGGGUACACAACUUCCUGCGGGUUAGCAAGCACCAAGAAUGUGUGUAAACUAGCGUCCAAUUUCAAGAAGCCCGAUGCACAGACUAUAAUCAAGAACAGCUGCGUGAAUACCUUUCUGGAUAACGGUAAAUUCGAAAUAACAACAUUCUGGUCGCUAGGGGGAAUACUGGGCAAGGAGCUCAUCCAAAUUCUGAAGUUGCCUCAGCAAGGUAGCAACGGCUAUGUAAGAGAAAAUUGGCCCACAAGAGAUAGUCUCAGAAAGUCGCUGAGUAGAGCGGUCAGAGAAUCUCCGUCUACUUCGAGCACCAUAAUCGACGCAUCAAGAACAAAUGAAAUCGCCGACAAGCUUUAUGAUUUGGUUCGGGGACAGUACCGGGUUGCGGUGACGCCGCAGACGAUUGUAAAAUCAAUGAUGUCGAAUAAAAAUAUGACUGGUCAGGCAUGCAGUGGUUUGGCUGAUUGCUUUUCUUGGCUCGAAGUCUUCGCUGGCGAGCUAGCUGGAAGAGUUCACGAGCUCGAGCAAGAAUACGAUAAGAUAAUACGACCGCGAACUAUUCACAUUUUGGUUAGAGCGAAAUCGGGCGACACGCAUAGCAAAUCAGGUCCAUUUGUUCAGAACGGUGCCAAGAUAAGCAGUCAAGAUCUUCUAAAAGCGGGAGCUAAGCUUGUGGCAGAGUUGGACGCUAAGUUCGCUCGAGGAAAGGAGCAUUCAUUCUACCCGUUAAUAAACAUUAAUAUGUCUAUUUCCAAUCUGGAUGUUGUUGACUGCAGGAAAUCUGUGAUCGACAUGUUCGGCAACCAAGCAAGCGUUCAGGGUCGACAAAGAAAGGCAAAUGUGGGGAAUAAUCAGUCAGCUUCGCUUGCCAAUGAACCCUUCAAAGAAAAUUGGUGCGAUGAGUGUAAUAAAACUUUCGAGACGAGCCGGGAGUUUCAGGAGCAUGCAGACUAUCAUAUCGCUCUAGCCCUCUCUGAGAAAAUGAACGGCACAAACGACUGCUCUAGGCGUCUAACCUUCGGCGAGAAACGGCUUUUGAUGAGAAGAAACGCCCCGGAGCCACCAAGUAAGAGAAGAUCCAAACCCAAGAGCAAGACCGCUGGGUCUUCGAGUGAUAUCUUCAAGUAUUUCAAGAAAGAAUGA